GAAGCUAUAGAUCAGUGUAGUGUUACUCGAUAUCUAACUCAGGAAGCUUUGCAUGCAGUCCCCAGUUCACCCCUGAUGUCCCAUCAAGAGAUCAUUUGAAUUUAUAAUUUGCUCGGGGUUACCGUCCGAUUUGCUCAAUCUUAAUCCAAGGGCCGAGAGAUACUUAGAUAUAUUUGUUUAAUCAUUUUCAAUUACUUUCUUAUAUUCAAUAAUCGAGCUGAUGAUUUGCAGAACCCAGUUCUCAUCCCGGCUAACAGAGUAGCAAAUUCAAUUCAAGAUCAACAUGAGCUUCCAUCGAAAUAGAGUAGCAAUGGUGUUAAAGACAGCAUAACCAUACCAAUUUGCAAGCGAAAAUCCCACAAGGAACAAAAGGGUCUGAGAGCAAGUAUAUACUGCUCAGCCAAUAUCUCAUAGAGGAUGAUUUGGUGUUUCAAUGGCAGGAAGACCUCAGUAUGAUUCAUAUGGAGAGAAGGGAUAAUCAUUACUGGGCACACUGAACUGCAAUACUAUCUUUCUAUGAUGAACCAACAACUUCCUAUUGACAGUCAAUUUGUGUCCAGAUUGGCUGAUCAAUUGAAUGCUGAAAUUGUUCUUUGAAACUGUUCAGAAUGCUCAACAAGCUUGCCACUGGUUGGGAUACACCUACCCGUAUAUUCGCAUGUCAAGGAAUCCUAUGCUCUAUAUGUUUUGGCCUUUGGAAGCUAAUGUUCUCACCACAGAUUUUACACUGGAGGAGAGGCGAGCUGAUUUUAUCCAUUCUGCUGCAACCAUCUUAGAGAAGAACAAUUUGAUCAAGUAUGACAGAAAAAGUGGAUAUUUCCAGGUCACAGACUUGGGUCGUAUUGCUAGCCAUUACUACAUAACUCAUGGGACAAUAUCGACAUAUAAUGAGCAUUUGAAGCCAACUGUGGGGGAUAUUGAACUUUAUCAAUUGUUCUCCUUCAGUGAAGAGUUCAAGUAUGUCACUGUGCGGCCGGAUGAAAAUAUGGAACUAGUAAAACUAUCGGAAUGUGUUCCCAUUCCGGUCAAGGAGAGCCUGAAAGAUCCCAGUUGCAAGAUUAAUGUUUUGCUGCAAGCAUAUAUUGCAGAGCUGAAAUUUGAAGGGUUUUCAUUGACACAAGAUAUGGUUUACAUUACACAGAGUGCUGGGCGUCUUGUACGAGCUCUUUUCGAGAUCGUUUUGAAACGAGGCUGGGCUCAACUUGCAGACAAGGCUUUGAACUUGUGUAAAAUGGUUAGCAAGAGGAUGUGGAGUGUCCAAAUACUUCUUCGCCAAUUCCAUGGAAUAACAAAAGAUGUCUUGGUGAAGUUGCAGAAGAAUAAUUUCACUCCCCAUUUACAAAUUACAUAACUUUAACAUGGAACAAAGAAGAAGAAUAUGAUGACUUACAGGACUGGAUGGUGGCUUCAUGUUCCAUGCAGGCCCGGCCCUGGCCCAGGGCAGGCAGGGCGAUAGCCCAGGGCCCAAAUUUUGUGGCAGUAGAUAGGGGGCCUAAAUUUGAUGGCAGUAGACCGGAAAAAAAAAAAAGUAGUCUUUCUGUUAGGAACAUGAGAAAAGAAAAAGCAAGAGUGCAAUUUUUAAUUAUAUUUUGCAUUGAUGGAAUGAUGGGCAAUUGUUUAAUCUAAGCACUAAGCAGCAAAAGUGAAGGGAAUGUCUCUUGGGCAGUUCACUUGUGGCAGCAUAUAGGGGCUGCUCCAAGCGUGCAAUUAAACAAAACAGCAUGAGCAAAAAAGAAGGAAGACACUCAAGACAGCAUUGGAUUUUCUCUUCGGCAGAUUCCUUAUUUAUUUCCUUUCUUCAUCUUCAUUCUUCAAAUUCCUUUCUUCUUCCUUGCUGCAGCCUGCAGAAUUUCCAACUGCAAUUUGUGAGAGCAGUAAAGGCAAGUUGCCAGGAGUCCUACAAAUCACUCAAGGAGGGAGGCGUUGACAGCAAAUUAGAUUUCUCAUAUCCAGAGAGUUUUUCCGGCGGCGACUAGUCUUGGCUGGUGGCAGCCCUACACCUGUGACUGAGAAGUAUAAGACUUCAUCUAUCUCUAGUCUCUACCUUGGUGGCAAUGGCGAUUUGCUCGACGGGGUCUCGGUGAAGUUGAUGCUUUCAAUUGGAUUAGUGGAGUUGAUCAAGUUCCUGUACUUGGGGACCUGCGAGGCUGUGUUUCGUCUCUCUCAUCGCUGGCAGGAUUGGAUCUGUCUUUGGCGAAGGUUUACAUGAAAUCGACCUGGAUUGCACAGAGGCCAUCAGUGGAGAAGGCUGAUAUGGUCUGCUCGGGGAUUGAACCAACUUUGGGGUCUUUGUCUGGGUUGGCAGGUUGUUCCGUGGUUGAUUUCAGUGGUGGAAGCUGGACUGGCGACACAGCAUAGGGUCCGUCGAAUUACUGCGGCGGCGGCAGCACUGGGGAGAAGCCUGCACUCUCAUCUAGGGUUUAUCCUAGAUGGGUUGUGUGGGCUGCUAGGUUCACUCCAGGUUGGGUUUUUGGAAACCCUAGGCUGACUUUGUUUGUGUGGGCUUGCUUUUAGGUUGCGGGCUUUGAGGAUGGUUAUGAUGGGUUGGGCUGGGUCCUUAAUUCUUUUAGGGCUUGGGCUGUCUCAUCUUCUAGCAAUAAUUAAAUUUUGUAUUGGUCGGAAAAACUAGUGCUCAGUUAAAAUAUUUAUUUAA